GACGUCCGUGACAAAGCAAAUGUUGAAUGUUUAUACAAACCUAGCAAGCUCUUUCAUUGGCUGAUGCCCCUUUAAUAUAAAUAUACUGGUGGUGAACCUCCUGUUUUGUUGUCUGUUUUUUUCUUUCACUGGAAGAGCGAAACUCAAGAUGAUGAAGUACAUUGUUGUGUUGGCCGUCCUGUGUCUGGGUCUGAGUUGGGCUUACAACAAUCCACACACAAAGCACGGCAGACAGACCAUCGUCCACUUGUUCGAGUGGAAGUGGACUGACAUCGCAGCCGAGUGUGAGAGGUUCCUCGCUCCCAAAGGAUAUGCUGGGGUUCAGAUCUCUCCUCCCCAGGAGAGCAUUGUUUUGACCAACCCCUGGAGGCCCUGGUGGGAGAGGUAUCAGCCAAUCAGCUACAACCUGUGUUCCAGAUCAGGAAAUGAGAAUGACCUCAAAGACAUGAUCACCAGAUGCAACAAUGUUGGGGUCAACAUCUACGUCGACGCUGUCAUCAACCACAUGUGUGGAUCCGGAGCUGGCGAGGGAACCCAUUCCAACUGUGGAACCUACUUCAAUGCUAACAAGAGGGAGUUUCCCUCCAUUCCGUAUGGUGCCUUUGACUUCAACAAUGCCAAGUGCAAAACCAGCAGCGGCAACAUUGAGAACUACAAUGAUAUCAAUCAGGUGCGCGACUGUAAACUGGUGAGUCUACUGGACCUUGCCCUGGAAAAGGACUACGUUAGGGGCAAGGUUGCGGACUACAUGAACAAGCUGAUCGACAUGGGGGUGGCUGGGUUCAGAGUUGACGCCUGCAAGCACAUGUGGCCCGGCGACAUGGAGGCUGUGUUUGGACGUCUCCACAACCUCAACGCUAAAUGGUUCGACAAGAACUCCAGGCCCUUUAUAUUCCAGGAGGUUAUUGAUAUGGGAUUUGAAGCCAUCAAGGCCUCAGAGUACUUCCACCUGGGCAGAGUGACUGAGUUCAAGUAUUCAGUCAAACUGGGAACCAUCAUGAGGAAGUGGGACAAUGAAAAGCUGUGUUACACAAAGAACUGGGGUGAGGGUUGGGGCUUCAUGCCUAGCCACAAUGCUCUGGUGUUUGUGGAUAACCAUGAUAACCAGAGAGGCCAUGGAGCAGGAGGACCAUCCAUUGUCACCCACAAGGACUCCAGGCUUUACAAGAUGGCCACUGCCUUCAUGCUAGCCCAUCCCUAUGGAAUGGCCCGGGUCAUGUCCUCCUUUGGCUGGCAACAUACCGAUCAGGGCCCUCCCAGCCACUUGAACGGGAACACCAAGGACGUUCCCAUCAACGUUGACGGCACCUGUGGUGACGGUUGGGUGUGUGAGCACCGGUGGCGCCAGAUCAUGAACAUGGCUGCCUUCCGUAACGUGGUGAAUGGACAGCCCCAUUCCAACUGGUGGGAUAAUGGCAGCAACCAGGUAGCCUUCGGACGCGGGAACCGUGGCUUCAUUGUCUUUAACAAUGACAACUGGCAACUGGAUGUGACUCUGAAUACUGGAAUGCCUGGUGGCAUCUACUGUGAUGUCAUUUCUGGCCAGAAGCAAGGAGAGGUCUGCACUGGGAAGGCCAUCCAUGUCAAGUUGGAUGGCCACGCCCACUUCGUGAUCAGCAACACCGAUGAGGAUCCCAUGGUGGCAAUCCAUGCUGAGUCCAAGCUGUAAAUAAACACUAUGAAUGCAAAAAUAUAUAUAUAUAUGUAUUUCAGUGUUGUAUUAACUAUAUUAGGAUGUGUUCUGUUUAUGUUCAGAGCUCACCAUUGUUUAGCAUUUGUCCACAAUAAAAUGCUAGGUAUUUCAAAAGGGAA